AUGCGGAACAAGGACAUUGAGCCCAACGUUGUCAGUUUCAAUGCUGGGAUAUGCGCGUGCGGCGCAGGCGAGCAGUGGCAGCGGGGCUUAUGGCUGCUCCGCCAGAUGUGGGUGAGGACUUUGAAGCCCGACCUCGUUAGCUACAACGCUGGGAUCGGCGCGUGCCAGAGAUGCGGGCAAUGGCAGCGGUCCCUGCGGCUGCUCAGCGAGAUGUGUGAGGUGAACUUAGAGCUUGACGUCAUCAGCUACAUUGCUGCGAUUGGCGCGUGCUCGGAUAGCGGGCAGUGGCAGCAGGCGGUGGGGUUGUUGAAACACAUGUCGGACAACAAGUUGGAGCCCGAUCAAUUAGCUACAGCGCCGCGAUCAGCGCGUGCGAGAAAAGCGGGCAGUGGCAGCAGGCUUUGCAGCUGUUCGGGGAGAUCCGGGAGGUGCAGAUGGAGCCCAACAUCGUCUCUACACCGCCGGAGUGCGCGCGUGCGAGAAGGCUGGGCAUUGGGAGCAGGCCGUGUCGCUGCUCAGUGA